UAAAAAUAUCUUUUCCGCUAGUUUAUUCUAACAGAGAAUCCCUUCGUUCAGUAUCAUUCAUAACACUGAUUCUGAAUUUGAGUGGAUUAAGUGACUUUUGCCUUUCUGAAGUUCAUAUAUGAAAUCGCUUUCCAACAAAUAUUAUUUACCAAAUCGAGUGAUAUCAGUUUUCAUAAUAAAGACGCUUAAUCGAACAUUAAAUAUAGUCCUACUGGAAUAUAAUAAAGAUGCAAUCUAAAAAAGAAGUUGGAACUAUACUUGAUCAACCUGGAAAAUCAGUACCACCACGUAAUCUCACUCUGGUACCUCCACCUCAUCGACAAUGGACUAGUGGGAUUUGUUAUUGUUGUAAAAAUAGGGAUUGGGGUUGUUUUGCUGUAUGUUGUUACUUCUGUCUAUUAAAUCAACUGACAAAAGCAAUGAAUGAAAAAACGUGUUAUCCAUGUUUACCAUGGUGUGGAUUAGUAGGAUUGAGAAUGAAAAUGCGAACAACUUACGGAAUAGAGGGUGAUGGAUGCAAAGAUUGCUGUCAACUAUGUUUCUGUAACGGUUGUGUAGCAUGUCAAAUGCAUUAUGAAGCACAACAAAUUGGAAUUAUAGAAAAGAAAACCUGUUCAGAUGCAUGUAAUCAAUGUUGUGUAUGUUAUAGAUAAACAGAAUGGGAUAAAGAACAAUUUGUAAACUUCCAACUACUUUCACUAUCAAAUCAUGUAUAAUUAAAUAUAUUCAAAUGAAUUUUAAUUGUGUACUGAAUAAAUACUC